GCAGCUUUUUGGCACUGCGGCAGUGCUGAUAGCCACUACCGUUGCGAAGGGCUGUUGCAUGUGGGUGGAAAGGGAGGUCUAGGCCUACUUGAACUUGCUUGAACAUGUUUCAGCAAUUCGACCUAGGCCUAGUUGGCUGGAGAAUAACAAGAAAAUGUUUGAAAAUGACUGGAUUCUCCAGGCUGAUACACACAUCGUCUAUGGCCACUGGAAGGAAUGCUGUAACAUCUCAGGCUGAUGACAAUGUUGAUUAUCCUAAGUCUGACAUGAAUGAUCCAUAUGUAGGGGAGAAACCAAAGUGCAUUUUAUGCCAAAACAGAGUUCCAGUUACUUAUAAGAAUGUUCAGUUAUUAUCCCAAUUCAUCUCUCCAAAUACGGGCCAUAUCUAUGGACAUCAUAUAACAAAGCUGUGUAGACGACAACAAAAGAAAAUUUCCUGCGAGAUCAAGAAAGCUAGACAUAUGGGAUUUAUGCCAGUGAUGUAUCGUGACACUAUAUUUUUGAAAGACUCUGAUCUUUUUGGUUCUCAUUAUACUGGAAAUGUGGAAAUUGGUCAAGCUGUUAGUCUACAUCCAAGAGUGCAAUUCCAAGAACAUGGACUGAAGAAGAGCAAUAAAUAUCGAGUUGAAAAAUCAACUGAAAGCAAAAAACCUAAAAAGAAAUAAAAAUCUGGCAUUAAUAAUAAAGAAAAUGAGAUGGA